ACUGUACAUCUGACCUCUCGCGAGACUUAGCGCAGUUUCCCAUUUAGCAGUGCAUAUGCACGAUAGAGACGGGAGAAAGAUGGCGACGCAGGAGAGCGAAUCAACUAAAUCUACCGUGAGCAACGGCGAGGUGAGCAGCAAUGGGACUGCUGCAACAGAUGGGCAGACUGUGCAGACAGCAGAAAAUGCACAGGACCCUCAGCAACAGCAGCAGCAACAAGCACCAAAUGCAUGGCAAGUCAUUAAAGGAGUCCUCUUUAGAAUCUUCAUAAUUUGGGCGAUCAGCAGUUGGUUCCGCAGAGGUCCAUCUACUCCUGACCCCAACACACCAGCAGGGGCCCCCAGAGUUCCCAGCAGGAACCUCUUCCCCAAAAACACACUCAUGGACCUGUACGUGUACGUGUCCCAGGAGGAGGUGUUCUCUGACUUCAACAACACAGAAACCUUGUUCUGGUUCCACAGAGACCUAGUCUAUGGAGACUGGAACACAGGGGAGGGUGAAGAUGGCUGCUACCAGCACGAUAAAGAGUUGGACAUCCCAGAGAGUGUGCAACAUAACGGCUCCCUGUAUAUACACAUCUACUUCACCAAAAGUGGAUUCCACCCAGACCCCAAACGCAAAGGACAGUAUCGCAGACUGUCAACAGUUCAUUCAACAAGAAUGCUAAAUAAGUUCAAGAGGAGAAAGUUUCUAAAAACCAAGAAUCUUCUCACAGGAGAAACAGAAGCUGAUCCUGAGAUGAUUAAGCGGGCAGAGAGCCACGGCCCAGUGGAGAUCAUCUCACACUGGCACCCUAACCUCACCAUCAACAUGGUGGAUGAUCACACAGCCUGGGUGAAAGGCUCUGUCCCACCUCCCCUGGACCAGUAUGUCAAGUUUGAUGCCGUCAGUGGCGACUAUUACCCUAUUGUGUACUUCAACGACUACUGGAACCUUCAGAAGGAUUACUAUCCCAUCAACGACACCCUGACUAAACUCCCGCUGCGUCUCACCUACUGCCCACUGUCUUUGUGGCGCUGGCAGCUGUACGCCGCCCAGAACGCUCGUUCGCCAUGGAAUUUUCUACCUGAAGACACCUACGAGCAAUCUGAUGAAGACCAGGACUCUGUCAAGGUUGCUCUCUUGGAAACCAACCCAUACCUGCUGGGACUCACCAUCAUAGUCUCCAUCGUGCACAGCAUCUUUGAGUUUCUUGCAUUCAAGAACGAUAUCCAGUUUUGGAACAGCAGACAGUCUCUUGAGGGGCUAUCGGUGCGCUCCAUCAUAUUCGGAGUGUUUCAGUCUCUAGUUGUGCUGCUGUACAUUUUGGACAAUGAAACCAACUUCGUGGUGCAGGUCAGCGUUUUCAUCGGCCUUCUCAUUGACCUGUGGAAAAUCACCAAGGUCAUGGAUGUUAAGUUUGACCGAGAGAACAAAAUUGCAGGAAUCAUCCCAAGGCUGGUAUUCUCAGAUAAGUCAACAUAUGUGGAGUCUUCAACCAAAAUCUAUGAUGAUAUGGCCUUCAGGUACCUGUCGUGGCUGCUCUACCCUCUGUUUGGGUGCUAUGCCAUCUACAGUUUAUUGUACGUGGAGCAUAAAGGCUGGUACUCGUGGAUACUCAGCAUGCUUUAUGGCUUCUUGUUAACCUUUGGUUUCAUUACAAUGACGCCACAACUAUUCAUCAACUACAAAAUGAAAUCUGUAGCUCACCUCCCGUGGAGGAUGCUCACCUACAAGGCUCUCAAUACUUUUAUUGAUGACCUGUUUGCCUUUGUGAUCAAGAUGCCCAUGAUGUACAGGAUAGGAUGCCUCAGAGAUGAUGUGGUGUUCUUCAUUUACCUUUACCAGCGUUGGAUCUACCGGGUGGAUCCUAACCGGGUCAAUGAAUACGGGACCAGUGGAGUAGACCACAGUCAGAACAACACAGCAGACACAGCUGCUGCCACCACCGCCGCCAUCACAAACAAACCAGAAGGAGAGAAGAAGAAUGAUUAAGCAAGACUUGGCUCUUAACCCCUCUGCCUAUGGCCCUGACUGUGGGGGCAAAGUGGACUUGUUGAAAUUAAAUUAGGAGGGGGCACUGGUCAUUUAGCUAUAAUGGACUCCGCUACAAAAAAGAAAAGAAAAAAAUUGCAGUUGAACUGUUCCCUCCGAUUUCUUUGUGGGCCCACAGAGAAUCAUAUUCAGUGUAGACUUGGUAAAUUCUUAUUUCUGUUCCCCACCUGUCCCCGCCCUCUCGUUCUGCAGUUCCAGUGAAGUAAAAUAAAAUGUGGUGUACUGUAUUCUUGAUUUCUUUUCAAAGGGUAACAGUGUCUUGGAGUGGAUGUUGGGAGGGGAACAGGUUGCAGAUAUUCUACUUUUUAAAAAAAAUAUAUAAAUACAGGGGAGAAACGGGCCAAGUGCAACUCUUGUACUUUGUGUCGAUUCCUUGUGAAAUUUUCUUUUCAUUCCAUGUGAGCACCCUUUUUUCGAAAGUGGUGUGAGUAGUGCUGGAGGAAACUGGAAAGACCCUGAGCCACACUGGAGGAAGAGACGUGGUGACUGGAGACCCGAUGGAUGACCCUGUGGGGCACUACCCGCAAAACAAUGACUACUACACUCUAUUUUAAUAAGUUGUUCUAGACUUGAACAGGAACAAAAUAACAGCCUUGUUGGUAUUAAUAUAAAUAUAUUAAUAUUGUCAAUGAUUUCAUUUUGUUUUUCAGUCACUAAAACAUUCUUUUGUAUGUUCUAAAACUGUACAGACUUGUUGAUGAUUCCCGUGUCAGAUGUGUUUUGAAACUGAUCAUUUGUAAGCUUGAUUUACUUUCCCUCUUGGCUGCGAACUUUAUUUCUAAACAACAUCCAUGUUCUAUUUCUGAUCAGUUUGAUGAACAGAAGACGGUUAAAUGUGUACUGAAAAAAACA